GAGGGUGGCGAGAAAGAUGGCGGCGAAGGUAGUAGUACUAGUAGCAACAGCCGCCGCCACAAAGUUGAUCUGAGAGGAGAAGGCGAAGAAGACGCGCGCUUGGGUCCGCUGAAAGGCAGCUUCUAAUGGUCAGGGCUACCGGCGUGCGCGGAAGGGUGUGGGGGAGCUCGGCGAGCUGCUGUGCCGGCGGUGGCCAGAAGGGGACAGACCGACGGAAAAGCUCUGAAGGUGGCUUAGGCUGGGACGACGUAGCAACAGUAGCGGCUCCGGAGCAGCGAAGCGUCUUGAACCAGGUAGAGAGCGAGCUCCGGUGGUCUCGACGUUUCGGCGAAAGAGCAGAGAGGGAAGUGCCUCCAUGUCGGACAACCAAAGCUGGCAUUCCUCCGGCUCAGAAGAAGAUCCCGAGACAGAGUCGGGGGCGCCUGUUGAGCUCUGUGAAGUCCUCAGCAAGUGGACCAACUACAUCCAUGGGUGGCAGGACCGCUGGGUGGUAUUGAAACACAACACUCUAAGUUACUACAAAUCUGAAGAUGAAACGGAAUAUGGCUGCAGAGGCUCAAUCUGUCUGAGUAAAGCUGUUAUCACACCUCAUGAAUUUGACGAAUGCAGAUUUGAUAUUAGUGUAAACGAUAGUGUUUGGUAUCUACGUGCUCAGGAUCCAGAUCAUAGGCAGCAAUGGAUAGAUGCAAUUGAACAACACAAGACUGAAUCUGGCUAUGGAUCAGAGUCAAGCUUGCGACGUCAUGGCUCUAUGGCAUCCCUUGUUUCUGGAGCAAGUGGGUACUCUGCAACAUCAACCUCUUCAUUCAAGAAGGGCCACAGUUUGCGUGAGAAGCUUGCUGAAAUGGAAACCUUCAGAGAUAUACUGUGCAGACAAGUUGAUACAUUACAGAAAUAUUUUGAUGCCUGUGCUGAUGCUGUCUCCAAGGAUGAACUUCAGAGAGAUAAAGUGGUAGAAGAUGAUGAAGAUGAUUUUCCUACAACACGUUCAGAUGGGGAGUUUUUGCAUAAUACUAAUGGAAGUAAAGAAAAAUGGUUUCCACAUGUUACACCCAAGGGAAUAAAUGGUAUAGAUUUUAAAGGUGAAGCUAUAACUUUCAAAGCAACAACAGCUGGAAUCCUUGCUACACUUUCCCAUUGUAUUGAAUUAAUGGUAAAACGUGAGGAGAGUUGGCAGAAAAGGUUGGAUAAGGUAAGGCUUUUAACUUGUGAAGGUCCCAACAGUUUGAUUAAUGAAGAAGAAUUCUUCGAUGCUGUUGAAGCUGCUCUAGAUCGUCAAGACAAAAUAGAAGAACAGUCCCAAAGUGAAAAAGUCAGAUUACACUGGCCAACUUCCCUGCCACCUGGUGAUGUAUUUUCUGGUGUGGGGAAUCAUAGAUUUGUCCAAAAGCCCUAUAGUCGCUCUUCCUCCAUGUCUUCCAUUGAUCUAGUCAGUACCUCUGAUGAUCACAGAUUCAGCUCCCAGGUGGAAGAGAUGAUGCAGAACCACAUGACAUAUUCGUUACAGGAUGUAGGGGGUGAUGCAAACUGGCAACUAGUGGUUGAAGAAGGUGAAAUGAAGGUGUACAGGAGGGAGGUAGAAGAAAAUGGCAUUGUUCUAGAUCCAUUGAAGGCCACACAUGCAGUCAAAGGCGUUACAGGACAUGAGGUCUGCCACUAUUUCUGGAAUGUUGAUGUUCGCAAUGAUUGGGAAACAACCAUUGAAAAUUUCCGUGUUGUAGAAACUCUAGCUGAUAAUGCAAUCAUCGUCUACCAAACACAUAAGCGAGUAUGGCCUGCUUCUCAACGUGAUGUGCUGUAUUUAUCUGCUAUUAGAAAAAUACCAGCUUUAAAUGAAAACGACACUGAAACAUGGAUUGUCUGCAACUUCUCUGUGGAACAUGAUAGUGUUCCUACAACCAAUCGAUGUGUUCGUGCCAAAAUAAAUAUUGCUAUGAUUUGCCAGACGUUGGUAAGCCCUCCAGAAGGAAACAAGAAAAUAAGCAGAGACAACAUCCUAUGCAAGAUUACAUAUGUAGCAAAUGUGAACCCUGGAGGCUGGGCACCAGCUUCUGUACUGCGGGCAGUAGCAAAGCGAGAGUAUCCCAAAUUCUUGAAACGAUUUACAUCAUAUGUACAAGAAAAAACAGCCGGGAAGUCUAUUUUGUUCUAGUAUUAUAAGUGAUUGGAACAAGACUGUGUGAACAUUCCAUUUGGAGAAAUGAACCAAAAUGAAGGCUCCAAGCUGGAACGUAGGAUCUACAGUCUUAUGGGCCAAGUCCUGCAUUCUGUACACAACUGAAGAAUACUGCAAUGCCAUGAACUUGAACUUUCACUGUCUUCUGCUAGUUCACUUUGCUGAGUUGAUGUGUAAUUAUAAAAAUACAUGUGUUGAUACAUGUAUAUGGCUCUGUUUGCUUGCUCUAGAGGAGAAUACUACAAUUUUGGGUCACCAACUUGGUUCAUUGCUUUAACUUUUGAAUAAUUUAAGAUUUCGUUUACUGUGGGACUUCAUAAGACACUUGCACAGUUCUUGUUUUUGUGUACGUCUAAAAAGCACAAAAGACGAAUACACAUCUAGCAUACCAUAUGUGCUUUAUGUACACAAAAACAUUAUGUUAUACCUUUUUUUCCCAUCAGGUUUUCAGUAAAUUCUGUGUCCUUUCAGAGGGAAUUUGUGUAUGCUUUGUAUAAUCAUAGUUCAUUGCUGCUGAGUUUCUAUGAGAAAUCAUAUUAUGUAAAACUUCUCUUAAAAUAUGAGGGCUGUCAGGAUCUUUAUGACUUGCCUUUUCUAUAGUCUAGCUCCUAUGAAGGACUUCUGGGGUCUGAUGGAGCAGGCGUGAAAAGCUUUAUUAUUAUUUUUUUCAGAUAUCUUAUAUUUCUAUUUUUAAUUUUAGUUCCGUAAUAUGUGCUAUAGAAAUUUAAUUCCAGAACAUGAUCCCAAAAAGAUAUUAUCUUUUGGUAGUAUCUAAAGUUAUUACUAGAUGCUAUAUAAGAAGACCUGACUGCCAGAAAACAGCUACUGCUGUAUCUUGCUCAAAUUGUGUGAAUAUGGGCUGCUUCCUAGCAAUUGGAACUUUAACACUGUGUAAUAUUUAUUGAGUUAAAUUGGAUUGCUGAAGAUAACAUUCCCAGUCUUGGAAAAAAAACAACGUUGUUUAGUCCAACACUUCGUUUCCCGUUGAGUAAAGCUAUGCUAUGAGAUUCAUCUAUAAAAAUACUUGCCAUACACAUAACUUUUGCCCUAUGUCAGAUAUGAAAACAAUUAAAAUCUAAAGAAAGUUCCCCUUAGUUGCUAUGAGAAGUUAACUAUCAAGGAUCCGACUGUCUUUAAUAUUAUGAAAUACAAUAUACAAAGGGUGAACUGUGUGAAAAGACUGGUGGUCCUUUUGAGGAAAUUCCUUGAGUUGUACUUUUAAAUUGAGAUUAGCCAGAUAAUCUUUUUAGCUGUCAGCUUGUGUGUGUAUAUAUAUAUAUAAAGAGAGAGACAAGAUUUGGAUAUAUUUUUGAAAACAAAGCAGAAAGUCUUUAUUUCAUAUAGAGAAGCUGAUGCCUGAAAACAAAUAUAAUACUUUUUAAUGAAGAUUCAGCUGAUGAAAAUCAUAAAAGGUUGGAAGCAAAUUAAUUUGGGUAUAAGCUGAUGUGUCUUUGGUACACUAAAACAGGCACACUCUUAAGGUUGUUUUAUGUACAUGUAUACAGAAUUCAUGCUU